AUGGACAAAGAAAGUAAAAAUGACGACAAUUUCGUUCAAUUGUGUGAAGUGACAUUUGACGAUUUUUAUCGUUUGAUUCUUAGUGACGACAUAGAAGAGGUGGAAAAAAUACUAAACUGCGGUGAGCACAUCAAUCUGAACACAAUUCACACCCAGAACACCCCCCUGAACAAUGAUGGACAAAUCCCAUCUGUUAGAAUGCCCAUUCUCCAUCUCGCUUGUAUGUACAAACGCCUUAAGAUCACACAGCUGCUAUUAGAGUAUGGCGCCGACCCGCUCUACAAGGAUGAACAGGACCACCGGACCCCAACCUGGGUCCUGCUGAUGUAUUGGAUGGUACCGGACUUGUUAGUCAGUAGAGUGUCAUCAGACGACGAGGAAGCAGACGAGAUACAGAGAACCUUCGUAAGGAACCGCAGACGACAUCUGUCAAUUGCCACCAGCCUUCUGGAUCUACUGCUGCAAUAUUCAAAUGACCCUGAUCAACCGAGCGUCAUAAAGGCGAGGACCCUGUUACAUUUGUGUGCUCAAAGAAAUUUAGUCAACCCCAUCGGUCAUUUGCGAAAGUGGAAGGCUUCCAUUGAUCCGCUUGAUCAGGACAGGAACACACCGGCGAUGUUAGCUGCCAUUCACGGGAAUCUGGAUAGCCUAAAUGAACUUCUGCGUCUUGGGGCCAAUGUAAAGAAACGAAAUAAUGCUGGUCGUAAUAUAGUACAUAUCUUGGCCAGCUCGGAGAGAACAACAGCAUCACAAAUGGCAUUAUUGUUUAGAAAAUUCCCAAGUUUGACGAAAGUCGUAAACGAAAUAACACAAUGCGGAGAGACGCCACUCCAUCAUUGCGCCGUGCGCGGUAACGGUGAAAAAGUUCAUCUCCUGAUAUCUAAAGGCACCGACUGUUCCAUAAGGGAUAUCUACGGCCAAUCUCCGUUGUAUCUUUUGCUGAAGCUACACAGUAUUGCGUGCGUUUACCUAGGAUUCGUGUCCCUACUCACGGAAACAUCACAACUAUGGCUAAAGGAUGCUGAAGGGAAUUAUCCAAUCAAAUUGAUGGAAGACUCCCCUCGUCACGUGAGACGGAAGUUGCUCGAGAUGAGCCGCAAUCCACCCCGUUUGUACGGAAUAUGUUUACAGAAAAUGUACAACCUCCUGGCCAAACCAUGCGACUUGUCCUGUGCCGCUAACAUAUACCGGGACAGCAAAAUGGUGUCUAUCGCGGACGUUCUCAAACUGGACUGUCCAAGAGGACUCAUUAUGGACAUUCUGACGUAUAAGCAUUGCCUUCGGAACAAGUGGUCGCAUAUUAUAUUUAGUCACACAUAG